CUUAGACGGUGUUGUUGGGCUCCUUGGGCGAAUUAAUGUCUGUAUAGCUAUCGUAUGCGUGAGCAUUGGGGGUCCUAACCCAAGGUUUCACUACGAGCCGAAAUAGGAAGGCUACUUCGGCCUGGAACUCCCCUGAUCUAUCUUGGGGGCUGUUGCUCAUCACUAAAAUCAGACAGCCUAAAGCAUCAUCGUCUCCAUUGGUUCCUGGCGCAAGGUCAGUCUCUCUUGAACCACGAACCAGAGCGGAUCCGUAUUCGUUCUACCCUAUGUCAUUCCUCUGCUCGGAGUAAUCUGCGUUUCAAUGGGACCUCAGAGGUGAUCCAAUUUCGUAUCUCCUUUCACUACGUCAUCAAUACAAGACGAACCUGAUUCGUCAUUGCUGUUGGCGCCGCCGUUGCUAACCUCUUUGUCGCCGUCCUUAUAACUCCCCCACCCCCCACCCCAUCAUCAUCAUCAUCAUCAUCAUCUUCUUCUUGAACAACAAUAACAACAUAAUCAGCAACGACAACGGUCUCAGCACUAUGGAUAACAAAGACAAGGAGGAGUGUCAACCUCUGAACCCGAAGUCCGACAACAACAUGGCUUCAACAGUGAGCACCUCCAAAGACACCUCGGAUGGCGGCAAGGUGGUGAUCUUGAAUGUGGGAGGUCAGCGUCACGAGGCCCUCAAGAAGAAUUUCGACAAAUUCCCUCAGUCCCGCUUGUGGAGAAUCAUGCGUGCCAACUCUGUGGAUGAGAUUUUACAUUUCUGUGAUCGCUACCGGGUCACUCACAUCAAUGACGAAGUCCCCGAAUACUUUUUCGAUCACAACUAUACCGGGUUUAUCGCGAUUCUUGACGCCUACCGAACGGGUCAUCUCCACUUGAACGCCAAUAACUGUGCUAUCAUCACAAAAGAGGAUAUGAACUAUUGGGGCAUUGAUGAGCUCCUCAUCGAGCCCUGUUGCGCUGUCAAAUACUAUCCUGAGAUCGAAGUCUGUCAAAGUGAGAUCGACAUGGAGGAAGAUGAGAAACAAAAGGCCAUUGAUCGAGAAAAGCUCGAAGAUUUCGGCCCUUCCAAGUUAGGAAGACUUCGCAAGUUCCUGUGGGAUCUUUUUGAGUAUCCUCAAACCUCAAGAGGAGCGCAAUUCGUGGCAUGUUUCUCACUUUUGAUGAUUCUCGUAUCGACAGGUUGUUUCAUUCUCAGUUGCAUUUACGGUGAGGACUCCAUCUACUUGAACAUCAAAGAAGAUAACAUCAGUACGAAUCCAGAUUUUGAUAUUGUGGACAAGCCUAGCAAGGAGGAAUUGGAAUCCGAGGAGCAUCAACGGAACACGGUGGCCACAGUCAUCUUAUGGGUGGACGCUUUCACGGCCGUGUACUUUACCAUCGAGUACUUCGUUCGCCUGGCCUGCACCCCCAAAAAGCUGCAGUUCUUCAUCCAACCCAUGAACCUGGUUGACUUGUUCGCCAUUCUUCCGUACUUCAUCAACUUCAUUGUGGACCAUCUUUCGGAGUUCCACAUCAUUGGGAAAGCGGGCAAAGUGGUUCGCUUGGUGCGAGUUACGAAGAUCCUUCGCGUCUUCAAGUUGGUUCGCCACUUUGCCGGUCUUCAGAGCAUGUUCUUCACGAUCCGACAGGCUGCCAGGGAAUUAGGUCUCCUGGUCCUGUUGAUAGGUGUUUCGGUGCUUACUUUCUCAAGUCUCGUCUACUUCGCCGAGAAAGACGACUCAACCAACAACUGGAGCUUCAUGGACAGCUUCUGGUGGGGAUUACUCACCAUCACCACGGUCGGAAAUGGCACUGACCGGCCAGACACGGGUGCAGGAAAGUUCGUGGGCUCAAUGUGUGCUGUCUUUGGCAUCUUCACCAUGAUCCUUCCCAUUCCGAUUGUGGUGAACAGUUUUGCCGCCUUCUAUCGUAACCGCCUUUGGCGCAAUGAAGUGGCUUUGAAAAGGCGAGACCGGAUUGCCAAUGGUCAGCAAGGAAAAGAUGGAGGGAUCAUUGAGCUCAAUGGAGUGACCACCUAAGUUACACAACAAGGUCUUACGUUGUCCCAACUUGUAUUCGAUCCCCUCGCCAUCGUCGUCGUCAACACCAACACCGCCAACACCAACACCAUCAUCAUCAUCAUCACAUCAUUGUCAUCACAAAAACUACCGCCACUCUACAACAAGAAUGGUUGAUAAAUUGAAAUGUCAGGUCCCAAUGACUUGACCUGACUGAAAAUGAAGUUGGAACCCCGUAGAGAACAGAUUUCUCACUUCUUUCUGUCUCGUACAAAGUUCAGAAAAGGCCAAAAGCUAGCAGUCCUGAGUGGUUACCUAGUACACCAAGAAAAUACGACUGCUGCUGCUCAAUUCAAUUUGCUGCUGCGGCUUUAGCUGCUGCCGAUGCUACUACAAAUAAUGCUCGGAGAGAAAAACCUCUGUAGCAACUCUACCUUAUUGCAACUACUUCUACUACUGCUACUACUACUAAUACUACUACUAAUACUACUAGUACUACAGCUAUCAUUCUUAUUAGUAUUAUAAUACGUAAAUACUAAAAUUCCUUUCUAUGUCCUCGAUGUGCUAGAACAAUUGUCAUUUAGAAACAGAUCUGUCACUCUUUGAACAUGUGUCAACAUUCCUAGAACAUCGUACGGUAUGUAAUCACUAAUCAGUCAGUUAGACCAUGCCAUGCCCAAACAUGCAAAAGAAUGCUAAACCUGAACCUGAAAAGGACCAUCAGAAGUCGUCCUUUGAAUCAUCUUUAUCAUGAAUAUGUUGGUUGGGCAGCCUGAAGCACCGGGGACAGUAUUUUUUCAUACUGCCACUGUCUGGUGUCGGCGAUGUGACUCCUCCUCCUUCUUAUAGAACUAGAAAGAAAACUAUCAACCACCACAACCGAAUCUCAUCUAUAUACUUACUGUAUUGUCUCGUAAAAUGUCGUCCCAGAGCUAGAUUUGCUUUCUACGUUUGCAAAUGGAUAUGAUUAUGGACGCUGCUGCUAUCAAUGUACAAGCACGAAAUAAGUAUACUCGUACGAAUUUACCCACAUCAUUUCACUGAAUCGCCCCGCUCCUCAUGUUAGGCUGAGUUCUCCGUUCAAUUGACUCAUGUUGAUUCAUGUUUCCCUUAUUUGAGCCUCUUCUCCCGUUGUUCCCAGUCAACCCACGCACUAUUGGGCAAACUCACCUUUUGUUCCUAUUCUCUCAUUCAUCAAUGCGGAAGUACUUUCGCAUACUUUCCUACUUCCCCCAAAAUCUUUUACUACUGUCGGAUCGAUCAUAAUGAUUAUGAUUUUCAUCAUCGGUAUCUUCUUCUUCAUCAUCAUACUCAGCUACUAUUUCUCUGUUCGGAAUGAAAUAAAUUGCGUUCGAAAUGUUUCUUA